AUGGAUCAGAUCUUUCUAAAGGCAAGCAAUCAAGCAGUAUCAUUUGCUAUACGUUCCGGAAUAUCAUUAGCAUCUGGCUAUGCAAUCAAAACAAUCAGCAGUUUUCUAGCUCAGAUCCCCGAACUGGCAAAACAACGAAUCGAACAACAAAGACGACAACUAAAAAUCAAGAUAAACAUCUUUUCUACCGCAAUUGAUCUUAUAAAAUUAGCAAGCGCUAGAGGAAAUACGGUAUUGGAAUCCACGGUUGAACUUAUAGAUGAUAUUCAUUCCCAAAUUGAUGAAUUUGAUGAAAGAGUGAAUCAAAUCAUUACUCAAUUGACGAAUAAGAAUGAGCCGGAGUCGAUUAAGAAGGUGGAGGAAUAUAUGGCAUCUUUAUUGGGUGAUAUCAAUGAUGCGAUCCCGAUUCUUAAUCUUGCAUUGACUGUUCUGAAUUUGAGUGGGGAUGUGAAUAGGAAAUGUAUUUCCCCUGGGAGACUCUUACAGGCUGCAAAUUAUAUUAAUCAAGGUGAUACGAAAAAUAUUGGUCCUAGUUUUGAUUUGGUUAUGUAUACGAUAUUCUAUAAUCCUAGUAGGUUGAAAUAUAUCGAAGGUGGAGAAGUAGAUGAAUUGAGUUGUAUAACUUGGAAAGAAACAUUUGCAAGAUGUCUGGUCAAAAUAGCAGUUGCGGGAGGGGGAGAGUUCUCUUAUAAUUUAGAAGUUUUGGAAGAUUUCAAUGAUGAUAGAUAUCAUGAAGAUAAUGAUAAACCGCAAAAAAAGACUUAUGAUUUAAGCUUAGUCCAGAGAAUGUUUUUCACUGCCUCUGGGGAAUUAUUACGUUUAGAAGGAAGGAACUCGCCUGUGUUGAUAAUUAAGCUAGUUGAGAAUGGGCAAGAGGAAUGGAUAGCUUUGGGAGAAUUAAACAGAGGGGAAUUUGAUGAUGACGACGAAGACGAUGAAGAUAAUGAAGACGAGGAAGGCGAGGACAUAAAGACCACGAAGAAGGAGGCAGACAAAGAGGUUAAGCAUUCUUCACUCUCAUUAUUAGAAUAUCUACUCAGAUUAUGUCGUCUUCAAGAAAUCGAAUCUAAAUCAAUCCUAGAUAUCCCUGAUGAAAUCUUAACUCACUAUCUUUAUGACCACGAGCAGGCAAACAAAUUACCAACCACUAUUCAACCACCUCAAAACGGGGCCAGAAAAUCAAUCACGAAUGAAAAUGCUUUAGCCAUGGAUUCAAAUAUAACUCGAUUACAACAUUUGGAAAUAAAUGAUCCAAAAGCGAAGAAGUAG